AUGUCUAAGCUGGAGGCUCUGUUACUGGUGAAGCAGGAGAAGGAAAUACAGAUGAAGAUGUUAUUAACCCGAGGAGAAUCUGUUCUGAGAAACACAUCUCCAGAAGGAGCCCCUGCCAUCCAGGACCAGCUUCAAGACCUGAAGGACUCCUGGGCCUCUCUAUUAUCCUCCUGUAUACAUUGUAAAAGCCAACUUGAAGGGGCUCUGUCCAAGUGGACAGGCUAUCAGGACGAUGUGCGUCAGUUCUCCAGCUGGAUGGAUGGGAUUGAGGAAAGACUGAAUGAAGCUGAAAGGCAAUACAAUGAACUGAGGGACAAAAUUGCUGCACAGAGCAAAGCUAAAUUACUGAAUGAAGAGGUUGUAAGUCAUGGG